AUGGUUAAAGAAGAGCCUAGUAUCAAAGUAUCUUAUGAUACAACAAUGAAAUCUCAACCUAUGCCAAGCAAAAAUUGCCCUGAUUAUUUUAAAAACGACUACAAUGAAUCACAACUUUAUCCCUAUAGUAUCUCAUAUGAACCAAAAGGGCAAAUAUCUUUGAACGCUGACACUGAUGUUUACACAUUUGAAAUAUAUAUCAAUGAUGAAACAUUUGAGAGUUUAAAUCAAAGCGAUCCUAUGAUUAUGCAAGCGAUUGAUAUAGAGACUAUCGAAUAUUCGUUUAUAAAUGGAAACGAUUUUUACGCAAAGGUGCCAAUCGGGCUAAAGACUCCUAUUUUGCAAAUAGAAAAAGAACAAAGGGCGCGUACCAUCACAGAAGUAAUAGCAAAUAUUUCCGCUCUUUACGGACUAACUCUUAGUAUUUAUGUACUCUUAUUUGGAGCAAGAGAAAGCAAACCACUUCUUGCAAAAUAUAUGAUUCUCGAGAAUCCUUCCGAAGACGAUUGUAAAGUUUAA